CACAAACUGAAGCUAGCUUGUUCUGACAAACACUAAGGACGAAAACGUUGUACUCCAUGAUAUUCUACUAUUCAUACGUUCUAUAGGCAGAUACUGUUAUUAUAUACAUUAAUAAAAAGAGUACCUUUUUGUUCGUAAAAAGUUUGGCCUUGUUCACAUUCGGCCACAAUGGAGGACCCUUUCUAUGAAGUGAAAGCUGAUGCUUCAGCUCAAAUGGAAAAUGUCCGUAAACUAUUUGAAUCAUUUAUGAAGAAUCGAAACGCAGGUAUUCCAGCACCAAAUACAGAGCUUUCAUUUGCAAUUGAAGAGCUGAAUGAAACAUUGGAAGAUUUGAAAGGAGCUAUUGAGAUUGCAAUGAACAAUUCUGAACGAUACGGUUUGGAUGAGCAAGAAUUGGCGGCAAGAAGAAAGUUUAUUGCAGAUUUCGACGUUGAAUUAAACAAUAUCAAUUUGCAAAUGAGAUCAGCUCCAAGUGUUGCUGUGAACCAAGAGCCAAAUAAUAAUGACAUGACAAAGACAGCUUUGACCGAAGACGACCGUUACGCUCGAAGACAGAUGCAGGAACAAUUAUACGACCAACAGGAUGUUAUGUUGGAUGGCGUGUAUGAUAGUAUUGGUAAUAUACGCGGCAUGGCUCAAGCGAUGGGUCAAGAGUUAGGGGAGCAAUCAAAUCUCAUAGAUACCCUUGAUCAUACCAUAGAAAACACGAAUCAUAAACUGCGUCGAGGAAUGCGGAGAUUGAAGGACUUCACAAUUUCUAGUGCUGAUUCGAGGUCAGGCUGUUGCAUUACUGUGUUGAUCUUCAUACUUUUAGUUUUGCUUGUACUUGUUGUUCUUUUAUAGUUUUGUCGCACCUCCAGUGAUUUUAUAAUUAUCAAGUAAUAGAUGGAUUUCAUGCUACUUAAUAUUUCAUUAUCAAAAGAAUAAUUCGCUUAAAAGGAAUUCGAACCCAUGAGAUUCAUUAAUUCUCACUACUUCUAACUCUAUUUUUUGGAUUUUUUGCUGGGUGGUUCUUGAUCUGUACAUGUUAGUAAGAAUAUCAUUACCGGUGUUGCGUAAGAUGACUAAAUAAACUUACUCUCGCCUUCUGCGGCCUCAUCAUCAUCGUCUUCUUCUUCUUCCAAAUCCACAGAGCCUUCUUCAUCACUAGCUUCUUCAGUCAUGGCUUCGGUGAAAUACUUAACAGCGUUGGGGAAUAAGUCCUCGGCCAAAAAGAUGGUCAAAGAGGCACCGUCAAAGUCGUCUUCUUCUUCCUCACCAGUCCAACGGAAAUAAUCAAAGAAGUUUGGAGGGCUGUCCUUAUUCUUGCGGAAAAGGCUUUUUCCUGCCUUCCACUUGAUGUCAGCGGGCUUCGAAACGAGAGAAGUGUUAGUUUUUUCUAAGCCCUCCUCAUCCUUUGUAGUGCUUUCUUUUAUAUGUACUUCUUUAACCAAGUUAAGGUUAUCAUCCUCCAAAUAAUCGUUGGGCUGGAAAGUCAACGUGAUGCGAACAUCGCGAGGGUCUUCCUUAUUAUAUCUUUCAACAUAGAUGUUUUCCAACUUUUCCAACAGGAUGCUAUCUUCAGGAGUGAUGUAUUGGCCUAAAAGAAAAGGUUAGCAAACGUUCUGACGAAAAAUCCGACUUUCAACAAACUUACUAAUUUCGUCUCCUGCGGCUUCAAAAACAACCACCCAAAAGUUGCGAAUGUUCUUUAAGAUGUCGCGGCGUUUCUCAAAAAGGGGCUUGAAUAAUUCAUUUUGCUUUCUUACUGUAACAAAGGUUAGUGAUACAAAAUGAAUGUGAACUUUUAUGACAAGCUGCUUACAGAUUUCAAUUUCAGCCUUUCCGAAAUCUUGUUCAAGAUUGGCAAGGUUCUCAAAGGCUUCUGCGGCGUCCAUAUUUUAAAGAUCUAUUUAAUUUGGCUGAAAGUUGGAAAUUUCCAAAAAGCUAUGCUAACAUUCUUUGGAUAUUUCGUGUAUUACCCUUACCAUGAGAUGAAUUAUGGAAUUUUUACUGAAAAAGCUUCCAGUUUAAUGUUCCUUUUAAGAUACUGUUCUUUUUAUGUUCAGUUUCUAGAAGUUUGUUUUCUUCCUUUCUUGAUUUUCGUUUUUCCAUUCCUUCUUAAACACAGGGCAUGCUAAUAAAAAGAAUACUCUAGCUGUUUUGGACAAUAAUUUGAAUUUAAUUACGCUAAACUCACUUAGGUAAAGAUUAUGAUUUCCAAUCCAAGUUUUUCAAUAUCAGUUUCAAAGAUUGCUUAGUUAGGAGCAUUAUCUGUGUACAGGAUUAUUGCACGCUAAUUCAAGUCGAUCAAUUCCAUUACGAGUUGUAUUCAAAGUACUACAGCAGCUAACUUUAAUCGGUCAAGAGUACUUCUGCGAGUCGUAUGUCGCAUACACAGGAUGAUGCUUCAUAUGCAUCUACUUGUGCGAAAGUAUUUUAUGUUCCUGCGGUUUUAUCAGAUAUUUAUUUAAGAAAACUUAGAUAGUAUAACAGUCUGUGCCACGCCAUCAAUCAACAGUCUCGAUUCUUAGGUGAAUAAUAAAUCCAUCACAGCGACUUUCAGGAGAGUAACUUAAUGAAACUAUAUACCAUCG